AAUGAUAUACCUUUGUUUAUUUGGAAAAUGGAAAUGACGAACUUGCUAAGCGAGGCCAGAAGAAGGCGAUUUUGAUCAAUAUUGUCACAUGGUUAUUACGAACUUUUUUGUGUCCCGAAAUUCGUCACCUAUGAUGCACAAGGAAAAGUCUUUUGUCAUUUGUUAUCAGUAGAAUCUAAUGUUUGUGUAACUAGAAAUCGUCUGUUAAUUAUCUUCACGAACAAAUCUUGCACAAUCUCAUUAAUAAAUUAAUCAUUAACAUUCGUGCUUAUUAUUUCUGGAAUGAUAUUGACCUGAAACUAUCAACGUAUGAUUAUGUCUCUCGAUACUAAGUUCUCUAUCGCUUCUAGGCUGGCUCAGUUUUUGCGAAGAAAUGGUGCAAAAGUGAUUAAUGGCUCUUGCAAGCUAUCUCUUACAACAUCAGCACUUUGUUUACUUAACACAUUGUUUUGGGACUUGCUUGAUGAUGAGGGCCGAUUCUCAUCACAUUUGUUUCUUCCAGAAGAUGUAGAAAUUUCUGAAGACAUUCAAUUUCUUUAUUCAUUUAUAAAGCGGACAACCACUUUAAAACUUUUCCAUGGUGUUCAAACACUUCGUGGAGGAGUGGAUUUGUCAUACUUUACAAGUCUCACUGUCUUAGAACUAAGAAAGAUUCCUGCACACUUAUUAAUUGGUUUAGAUCUUUUGUCUGAUCAGCUCAAAGUGUUGAUAUGUUCUCGUAGCAUAUACCUUAUGAAGGAAUUAUUUGGCUCUUCCAUGGAUGGUUCUACUGUGAAAACGCACUGGAAUGAAUUACUAGAAUUAAACUUAUCAUAUAAUUAUCUCGAAUGUCUAGAUAAUUCUUUGAAAAGUUUGCCUAAUCUUGAAGUUCUUAAUCUCAGUCAUAAUCACAUAAGAAAUUCUGAUGAAAUUAAGGUCCUGAAAAGUCUAAAAUUUGUAAAUAUGAGUUUUAAUGAGCUUAAUUGUCUUCCGGUCUUUAGUACUGAAGGCUGUCGCUUUUUAACUAAACUUUAUUUGAGAAAUAAUAACUUAGAAAAUCUCUGUGGUUUGGAAUGCAUUUUUAAUUUGGAAGAAUUUGAUGUGGCCUUCAAUCUACUUUCUGAGUAUUCUGUUUUGAAUCCAUUAGAAAAAUUAAAAUCACUAAGAAUGCUGAAUUUGGAAGGCAACCCAAUAUUCUUCCACAAUCGCCAUACAAUUCUUGUGUCUGACUAUAUCAAUCCAGCUGUAUUGAAUAGAGGACUUCAUCUUAAUGGAAAGCUUUUUGCUGUGCCUUGCAUUCAGUCACCUUUAGUAUCUGAUCUCAGUGGAUCUAGUGCUUUUAAUCAUCAGACCUCCAUCAACACUGUUGUAGGAGAUGCAGAUAGCACAAUGCGUGCUCCUGUAAGAAGUAGUAGAACCAAUUAUUCCAGCAGUUCAUCUGUAUCUGAUCUGGAUGAAAACAGUGUUUCAUCUGUAGCUAGUCAAAAAGAUAGGAAGUCUUUAGUCAACAAGAGAAAACCUCGAAAAAAGAAACGGAAGUCUCGAACGUCGACAAGUACUCCUAUACAAAGGGAAGCACUUAUUCAAGAACCUGAAGAACACGACAAAGAAGAUCUCUCUAAAGAUCUUGGCAAUAAAGAAAAUAUUACUGCUCACAUUAAGGCAAGACAAGCCAUUGAAGCAAGAAGACAAGAACGUGGUGAAACCUGGCUAAUACCUGAUCUCUCUCAUCAAACAUUAACUGUCACACCCCCAAUAGUACCCUUCAAUACACCAGUUGUGAGUUCCAUCCCUCCUCAAAUGGUCUCCGAUGCAGAUCUAGCCUCAAAACUUACAGACUGCUUCACACUCACAACCGAAAUCUCACAAUCUCCCGGCUCUGCUACUAUACCUAUUGCAGCUUCACCUUCUGCUGCAGAAAUGGUGGAAGUGUUAGAUAUUGUCAAAGAAUGUGGUUCUGAACUAGUGCCACCUGAUCGGACAAGAUGUGGUUCAAAAGAGAGCGAUGACAUAGAAAUUUUGCCUUCUGAAUCUAGUAGUUGUGGUGAUUUAUCUGCCAGCAAAGAUAACUUGUCUGAGUGUGAUAUAUAUCGUGGUUCAAAAUCUGCAAAUGCCGAUGAUGAAACUUUGUCAUCAGAAGAGGAAUCUGAAGACAAUAUUUUCUUUGUUGAAAAUGAGGUUGGUUCCAAAAGACAAGCUCUGUCAGUUACUUUAGGACCAAAAUAUCUGAGAGAAAAAGAUGUAAUUACUGGAAAAUAUUUAGAGAACUUAGAUAUGACAAGCUUGCUUUCCAUUUCUUUAGGCUCUAAGGAAGAGGAUGGUAAACUUCAGCACAAGAUUCAUUUGGAAUUUGAUACAUUAAAAUCUACUAAGCAGAAGAGACUGUAUUUAAUGGAAAAUUUGGAACGUGCUGAGGCUCUUUCUAAAAUUUUGCAGCCAUUUGCUGACGCUAAAACUUUAAAGGAUGUUACCCUUGGUGCUCUUGAAUGCUUCAAGUGCAAUUCUCAGUUUUCCAAGCAAGCUGCUCAUAAAAAAUUGAUUAAAAGAAAACUUCCACCUAUUAAAAAAGCUGUUCUAUCAUCCAGUUAUGAUUCUUCUAAAGAAUAUGAAGAAGAAGUGGAUGCUUGUCCAAAUUGUGGUAAUCACAUUCUUGCUGAAAUGGAAACUGUUCCUCUGCCUUCAGUCGCCAUGCCAACUCUGGAUGUAACCAAGCAACUUAAUUCAACAAAGAAAACAUCAGAUAAAUCGCCUGAUGUCCUAUCAACUGGUUCACCAUCAUCAGGGAGCAUAAUAGCCAGCUUGUUUUCAUCUAUCAAGCUUUCUCCAAUUCUUAAAAGAAAAUCUGUUCCUGUUUCAGCUAAUGAACAACUAAAUCAAGAGACUGAGUCUGUAAAGGUAGAAAAUUCUGCAGAUCAGAUUGAAAGUGACCUUUCUUCUGAAUCAUACAUGCGAAGAAACUCUAGCGAUAUCACCAUCAUAAGUAAUCCCAGUUUAAACAGUAUUACUGUUAUGCAAGAUACAUCAACAUCCAUGGAAAUUAACCUCAAUACCAUCGCUGAAAUGGAUUCUCAAGCUUCUUUGUCCCCAACCACAUCACAAGGCCACGUAACUAAGAGAGCAAAAGAUCUCACGGAAUCUCAAGAGGUUUUUGAAGGAAAAAUAAUGAAUGAACGUAAUGAAGAAAAGAACAAGUAUGAGGCUGCUAAUGGUGAAGAACAUGGUGAUUAUUAUUCCUUCACAGAAAGUUUAGCAGAUGAAACUAAGGACUUUAACGACCCUAAUGAAGUUGUAUCUAGUGGAACAGAAAAUUAUCAAUCUCCUGUUAAGGUUAAAAGGACUUCAGUUCAUUCUGCUGAAUUAGAUGAGAGUACCCAAUUAAUAAAUAUAUUGGGUGAAAAAACAACAGUUACACAUGACAUGUUUUCUGAACUAAAUCAUCGUUUGAAACUACAUUUAGAAAUAAAUGUCUUUGGAAAAGAGGAAGAAUUUCAAGCAUGCUUACAGACUUCAAUAGUUCCUUUAACAACUGGGGAUGAAUUCCAGGGAUUGUUUGCUCUAUCUUCCCAUAAACUAUACAUAAUCAAAUUCCUACCACUUUAUGACUUAUGCAUCCAGCAAAAUGAACCAGUUGAUAAAGCUAUUCAAAUAAUCCAUUCCUGUCCACUCAAUCAACUGAAGCAAGUGAAAGUUGUUCUUGGAAAUCAAGGGUUAUCUGUUGCUUGUGGAUCAUCUGUGUUCACUUUAUUAAUAAGAGAUGCUGACAUAUGUAAUUGUUUCUCUUCUCUCUUGACGGAAAUGAUACAUGAUAAACAGUUUGAAUUUGGCAAAGUAGAGUUCUUUUCAUCUACCAGAGAGACUUUGAAGCAAUUGCAAAGUUCAGUCUUUUCAUCAGUAACAGAAUCUGAUGAAGUGCCAGAAGUGUUAUUGCACCUCUUUGCAUUUUGGUGGGACUGUUCUGUUCAUGAGAAGGACUCAAGCCACCCAGUUUGUAUUAUCAUCACCAGUAAUGAUAUAUUUGUUGCGAGGAUAUUGUACAAAAAACAAGAAUCAUGCACAGAUCUGAAUAAUUUAUGUUUAUAUCACUACACUGUUUUGGAUCAUCAAAAAAUAUCUGACCUUGUUUCUUUGGAACUAAAAAAUGACCUAAGGAGUAUAGAAAUGAACUUCAUUAAUGAAUCUUCAUCUGAAAAUUGUGACUGGACAAUUAAAACAGAGACAAAAUCCUCACUUUUUUCACUCAUUAGUGCCGUUAAAAGUCCAUGGGAAGAAAUAUUCAAAGUGCCUCUGCCACUUUCUAGUGAAGAAAAGUAACAUUCUUUUUUUUAACAAAGUAAAAGAAAAUGCCUUUCAUAAUGCAGUGAUACUUUUUUUAUUUUAAAAAAAAAAAGAACUUUGUUUAUUUGUUUCAUUAUCGUGAACAUAUAUUUAUAAAAUGCCAUUUUCCUAGAUAUUGCUGAAUAUGUCUUCUGAGAAGAUGCUUUUUUUGGAGAAAAAAAAAAUUGGGACAUAUUUUAUUCAUAAUAUGCGCAUGUUUGCUUAAGUAUUGGUUAAUUAGCUAUUUUAAAUUACAUGGUAAUCAUAUACUCUUUUCUUAAAUACGACAAAAUGUACAUUUCACAUGGUGUUUUGUCAGUUUUCUAAUUUGAAUAUAUAUUUAUUAAAAAAAAACUAAAGAAUGUUUGGUCAAACAGCUUAAAAUAGAAAAAAAGGUAAGUAAAUAAAAAGUUACAAAAAAUAAUAACACUGUUACUCUUUCUGAUUUUUACUCACUGGGCACAUAAAAAAAUAAAUUUUUACAAAAAUAUACCCUGCUAAAGAGACAACAAUUAUUACUUAAAUAUCAAAGAAAUGUGAUAUUUAACAAGAAAUAAAACUUUUCAAUAAAUGUUUAAUAAUAAUCUCAAGUCUGGAAACUGCCAUAUUACAUGCUGUCUGUUCUUUUCCUGGUUUGUAGUUUUUAAUUGUCUGCAAAUUUUUUUUUAAGUAAAAAUUGAAAAAGUAUUUAGCUAUAUGACAUUUUAUUUUAGCUUUAUUACUUUACUUUUUAACAUCAAGGUGAGGUUAAAGGUCUUCUUUACAAAGAAAGAGGUUUCCACUUCUUCCAUGAUGAAUUACCUGAUUUCAAUUUCGUUGCUUAGUUAAUUAUUAAUUUUAACAAGUGUAUCUAAUUUUCAAAAAAAAUAUUUAAAUAUUUUUCGUUUUAUUUUAGGUGCCAAAUUUAAUAGGUUAGGAAUAUUUUGGAAAUUUUCUAAAAGUUAAGGUUAUUAAUAUUUCUUCCAAGUUUUGCAUCUUGUUUUAAUAGCAAACAUUUCAUUGAAUGAAAGAAAAUUAGAAAAUAUUAAUCAGUUGCUUAAUAUAAAAGUAUAAUUUGCUAUGAGUUAACAUAGAAAAAACAGAAUCUCUUUUCAACCUGAAGGAAGCCCUGAAGCUACAUAUUGCAGCAUGUUUCAAUGUAAAGAAUUAUGUAAAAUUGAAAUUUUGCUUUAUUAUUGCAAAAUAAUAAUUCAAAGCUCUUAUAACUUGUUAAAGCAAGCAGAACAAAAAACUGUUUGUGAAAUUGUAUCACUUCCAGUGAAAAGAAAAAGCAAUUCAUUAUUAAUUAAAUUAAAUAAUAUCUGUCAUCCUUUUAGUUUGAUUUUACAAACUGCUUUUUUUUUAAUCCCCUCUUAAAGAAUAAAAUUUUUGAAUGGUAAGAAUUUUCUAAUUUCCUGUACUGGAAACUUUGAAAUUUUUUUUUAAAUAAAUGGCAGCUUACAUACAGAACCUUCCGGCUAACUGAAAAAUACUGAAACAAACACCUAUAGUAACUAUAAUAGUAUACAUUAAAUAAUGAGUAAAAAGAAAGUUAUUUGACACUUUUUUUACAAAUAGCAAAUUAAACAUGUCUAAUAGUAUCUAAGUAGUUUUGAAAUUCAUUUCAUUCAUUUUACCAUUUAUAUGCUUACUAUAUUAUUUUUACUAAACUUUUAUUUGUACACUUAUUAUAUGUAUUAAAAUAUAUAUUUUCCUCAAUCACAAUAUAAUUUUCAUGAUAAAUGAAUGGAAGAGUUUUGAGUAAGAAAUACAGGGUGUUCCACAAUAUCUACUCUUAUUCUAUAUUUUUAGAACCCUUGUCAAAAAGUAAGUCACAAUUAGUAUAUAUAUAUAUAAUAGAUCACAAGUUAAUAUUUUACCAAGAUAAAAACGGAAGCACUUUUAAAUGCAUGAAUAAGAGGAUGUUGACAUCAAAAUCUGUUUGACUGAAUGAAAAAAAUGUGAUAAAUAGUGAAAAAAAAGUUGGUUACGCUCUUUGUUUCCCUCACAGGGUGCGGUGAAAUAAAACCUGGACAAGCAAUUUUUAAUGUAACUUUAUUAAAAAUAAAUAAAUUUACAAAAUAUAACAAAUAAUAAAAGAAGUAGACUUAUACUAAUAAAUAAAUUUAAUUGGUUUCAAAGUGGCUGCCUUUCACAGCGAUGCACAUUUUUAUUGAAAUUUUCAGCAAUAGGCUGCAAGUUUAUUUACUAUUCUAUCCCAUUUAUCUGUCUCAUUCUAUCUGUCCCAUUUUAUCUAUCCCAUUCCCACCAAAGUGAUUGUUUUAGAGAGUCCAAACUUUUGUGUACAGAGAAAAAGAAUGAUUUCACACUAUUGCUUUCCUAUCUUAAAACAACUUUAAAAAAUCUUUUGCUAGACAUUGCAACAAAAGCCAAAAAAAAAACUAUACGUAAACUGAGAAAUAUAUUAUAAACUAUUUAAUAACUAAAGUGCUAGACAAAAAGAGGUGAACAUACAAAUUUAAGAGAAAUUACUUAAUUUCUACUCUAUGAUGCAGUAACUUUUUCCAAGUUUUGUUUACCGCACCUUGUAUUUUUAAUUUGCAUAUAGUUAAUGUGUAUACUUCACUUCUGGCAA